AUGAUGCAUCCCAUAGUCCUCCUGAAUUGGCUGUUUCUCCUGUCCCCAGGUCAGUGUGGAGCAGCAGGCCCCGUAGUGCUUCAGCCCAGAGAUCUCCUCCCCCUUCCUGGUAACACCACUACCUCCAGUGAAGUCACCCUAAAGUGCUCCCUGGGUCCAGGCUUCAGCAUGUCCAGCUACACCAUGAUGUGGUACCGACAGGUCCGCUAUGGAGGCCCAGUGGAGUUCCUCAUUAAGGAGUACGAGAACACCCCGGGCCGACACAAAGUGGAGCUGGUCACAUCAGAGAACAUGUUCAUCCUGCAGAUCUCUGAGCUGGUUGUGGAGGACAGCGGUGUCUACUUCUGCGCUGCUAGAGGUUAUGAGGCCUACUUUGGGAAUGGAACCAAACUCACUGUUUUAGACCCAGCUAUCAAUGGCACAGUGAAUGGCACAGUGAAAGUCCUUCCACCCUCCACUGAGGAGUGUGAGGCUAGAAACAAGAAGAAGAAGAAGACUCUGGUGUGUGUGGCCACCGACUUCUACCCCGACCAUGUCACUGUCUUCUGGCAAGUCAACGAUCACAACAGAACUGAAGGCGCCGGGACCGACAACAAGGCCUUGCAGAAUGACAAUAAAUUAUACAGUAUCACCAGCAGAUUGAGAGUCCCAGCCAACGAAUGGCACAACCCUGCCAACAGAUUCACCUGCAAUGUCAUCUUUUACGAUGGGAAGGUUGAUAAACAUGGGAAAGACACCAUUAGUGGAGAUCUCCAAGGUCAAAGUGGUGAAGGGAUGACUAGAGAGUACUAUGUGAAGAGCACUCUGACUGCCAAACUGGCCUACAGCGUCUUCAUCGCUAAGAGUACCUUCUAUGGACUGGUCGUCAUGGUUCUGAUUUGGAAGUUUAAGGGCUCCUCAGAGAAACAGAUUUAACGGAAGACCAGUGGCCCGAGGAGGAUGUGUCCUGCAUGGGUGUUGAUUCUACCAUGUGAUCAAGGACGGACUGGCCAUAUGGCAAGUCUGGAAAAUGCCAGAUGGGCUGGUCCAUCUUUAUCCCAGUGGGCCUGUCUAAAUUGGCUUUUUUUUUGAGCAAAUGAAUCAUUAUUUGGCUAGUAAAGGUGGCCUUAAGGAAAAACAUGGGCCGGUGUGUUAGAAAUGCCCGGGCUGAUUUCUGGUCCCAGUUCGUCCCUGCAUGUAACUGCAAUGUCCAUUGUGCUUCUUGCCUCCAUAACCUCUCUAGGACCCUGUGCUUAUUGCCUCCAUAACCUCUCUAGGACCCUGUGCUUAUUGCCUCCAUAACCUCUCUAGGACCCUGUGUUUAUUGCCUCCAUAAUCUCUCUAGUACCCUGUGCUUAUUGCCUCCAUAACCUCUCUAGGACCCCGUCUAUGUGAAGACAUGUUUUUUACACUCUCCUAUAAACAUGAACUUGCAAUUUAAUGUAUAUUUGAGUAAAUUCAGCCAAAACAGUCUUUCCAUUAACUCACAAAACCAAUGUUUGUUUGUCAUUUGUUUUUCCAGUAAUUACAGUGUGGUUUGUAAUAAAAUAUUUUGUUUUCCAAUUUCUAAAU